AUGUCUGUCACCAAAGUCCACGCUCGCCAAAUCUUUGAUUCUCGCGGUAACCCCACCGUCGAAUGCGAGGUGACCACUGCCAAGGGUGUCUUCCGCGCCGCCGUCCCCUCCGGUGCCUCCACGGGUAUCUAUGAAGCCCUUGAGCUCCGUGACAAGAUCAAGACCGACUAUGUCGGCAAAGGUGUCCUCAAGGCCGUUGAGAACGUCAACAAGGUCAUCGGCCCUGCCCUGAUCGAAUCCAAGCUGUCCGUUGUCGACCAGAAGGCCGUCGACGAGUUCAUGCUCAAGCUGGACGGCACCAAGAACAAGGAAAAGUUGGGCGCCAACGCGAUUUUGGGCGUGUCGCUUGCCGUCGCCAAGGCUGGUGCUGGCGAGAAGGGCGUGCCACUCUACGUGCACUUUGCCGACCUCUCUGACUCCAAGAAGCCGUUCGUCUUGCCCGUCCCCGCUUUCAACGUCAUCAACGGUGGCUCGCACGCUGGCAACAAGCUGGCCAUGCAAGAAUUCAUGAUCUUGCCCACCGGCGCUUCCUCGUUCACCGAGGCUAUGAAGAUGGGCUCUGAGGUCUACCACACGCUCAAGAGCGUCAUCAAGGACAAGUACGGCCAGGACGCCACGAACGUUGGUGACGAAGGUGGUUUCGCACCCAACAUUCAGGACAACAAGGAGGGUCUGGAACUUCUUGUGACCGCCAUCGAGAAGGCCGGCUACACCGGCAAGGUCAAGAUCGGCAUGGACAGCGCCGCUUCCGAGUUCUACAAGGAUGGCAAGUACGACUUGGACUUCAAGAACCCCAGCUCGGACCCUGCCAACCACCUCACCGGCCAGCAGCUCGCUGACCUCUACAAGUCCUUUGCCGAAAAGUACCCCGUCGUCUCCAUUGAAGACGCCUUUGACCAGGAUGACUGGGACAACUGGGCCAACCUCGAGGCUACCUCCGACUACCAGCUCGUCGGCGACGACUUGCUGGUCACCAACCCUGAGCGUAUCAAGACCGGCAUUGAAAAGAAGGCCUGCAACGCCCUGCUGUUGAAGGUCAACCAGAUCGGUACCAUCACCGAAAGUAUCCAGGCCGCCAAGGACGCACAGAACGCCGGCUGGGGCGUCAUGGUUUCCCACCGCUCUGGUGAAACCGAAGACACCACCAUUGCUGACUUGGUCGUCGGUCUCCGUACUGGCCAGAUCAAGACCGGUGCUCCUUGCCGCUCCGAGCGUCUUGCCAAGUACAACCAGCUCCUCCGUAUCGAAGAAGAGUUGGGUAGCAACAGCGUGUACGCUGGUGAGAACUUCCGCAAGGCUCAUGAUAUGUAA